AUGAAUUCCAGCCUGGAAGAUCUGGAUGCUACAGAAAACUAUUAUAUCUAUAACAAUACCAAUGACCUAUAUGUGUACUCAGAAGGGGUCACCCCUUCUGAUUUAGGACAGAAAGUAUGGAUAAGCAUUUUUGUAAUAACUUGCUGUUUUGGAUUUGUGGGCAAUGGCUACAUCAUCUGGCUACUUGGCUUCCAGAUUAAGAGAAACUGUUUCACCACAUUCAUCCUUAACUUGGCCAUUGCAGACUUUGGGUACCUCGCAUCUGUGUUUAUAUAUAGUAUUCUUACAUUUACCAAUUUUCAAGCAAGUGAACUAUUCUAUCACCUCAAUGUCUAUUUCGCCCGUGUGAUGUUCAUCAAUGCAAACUUUCUUCUGACUGCCAUCAGCAUUCACCGGUGUGUGGCUGUCCUCUUCCCAAUCUGGCAUCAUUGUUCCCGGCCAAAACAUUUAUCCUUCAGUGUCUGUGUCCUCCUGUGCAUCUCCUCUUUCCUCCUGAGUGGAAUUAUUAGUGUUAUGCAAAUCUUUAUAAACUACAAGGUGGCCGUUCUCCAUUUUCUUCUGAUUCCUAUAGUUUGCUUUCCGUUGAUCACACUCUCUACUGCAGUCCUUUUCAUCAAAGUGUGUGUUAAACCUAAACAGAAGAAUCAGAGUCGGCUUUUACUGAUGAUUUUAAUGACUCUUCUCUGUUUCAUCAUCCUUGCUUUCUCGUUAUGUGUCUUUGCAGUGAUUAUUAGUUUUUCAAGUACCAAAGUUGAGAAUAGACUGGAACAUUGGACUAUGUGUAGUAUAAUAUUUUCCUGCAUAAACAGCAGCAUUAAUCCCGUGAUCUAUUUUCUAGUUGGGAGGAAAAAAGGAGCUCAGUCCAAGGAGAGCAUGAAGGUCAUUUUGCAAAAGGUCUUCAAAGAAGCGGAAAGGAGUGGAGGGAGAUAG